AAGAACGUCAAGCACAGGGCUCGUCUGGAUCCUGUCAAUGAGCAACACGUGGCGGCAGCAGCUGCUGCCACGUCAGCACUGCAGGAGAAGAAAGCAGGCGGGCUGACGAAGGUGCGGUGGCGGUGGGUGGACGUGGAGGGGCGGGAGGGCGAGGAGGAGCUGGACCGGGCAGCGGUGAUGCAGCGCACGGGGCUGCAUGCGCGCGACCUGCGCAUCCUCGACCCGCUGCUCUCCUACCCCUCCACCAUCCUCGGCCGCGAGCGCGCCAUCGUGCUCAACCUCGAGCACCUCAAGGCCAUCAUCACGGCUGAAGAGGUGCUGCUGCGCAACCCGGCUCACGAGGGCGUGCAGCGUUUUGUGGACGAGCUGCUGCGCCGCCUGCACCUGCAGCCCGCCGCUGGGCCCCCCGCCGCUGCUGCACCCCCCGCCGCUGCACCCCCCGCCGCUCCAGGGACCGCUCCUGCUGCUGCUGCUAUUGUGGGCGCAGCUGAAGCUGAAGCUGCUGCCAGAAGCGCGUCAGCUGCUUCCCCUCCUCCCACUGGCACCGCUGCUCAUGCUGCCCAUAUGGGUGCUGCUGCUGGCAGUGGUGUGUGUGGCACUGAUGGCUCUGUGAGGAGGCACGACAGUGGCAAGUCAAGGGAGGUGCAUGGGGGUGGAGGGGGGAGAGAGGGCCAUGAAGGGAGUGAGGGGACAAGGGAGAGUGGACACGCUGUUCAUGGGAGCGAUGCGGCGAGAAGAGUCGAUGAGAGGCGAAGAGUACGUGGGAUGUCAGAGAUUGAGAUGGUGGAGUGCGAAGAGAGUGAGAGACGUGGGCCAGUGGAUGGCGACGGGGAUGAGGAGGAAGAGGAGGAGGAAGAGGGGGAAGAUGAGGAGGAUGCGUGGGAGGGCAUGGGCAGUGCACACGGGUCCCGGGCGGAGAGUGAGCCGCUCACGCUGCGACUGCGCGUGAAGGAAGGCGACCGGCCGUUCGAGUUCAUCGCAUUGGAGGUGGCGCUGGAGCAGGUGUGCCGUGCGCUGGACUCGCACACCACGCUGCUGGAGAACGAGGCUUACCCCGCCCUCGAUGAGCUCACCUCCCGAGUGAGCAGUCUCAACCUGGACCGAGUGAGAAGCAUGAAGAACAGAAUGAGUCGACUCAUUGCUCGCGUGCAGAAGGUGAGGGAGGAGUUGGAGCAGCUGCUGGACGACGAUGACGACAUGGCCGAGAUGUUCCUCACCCGCAUGGCCGCCGCCCCGCACUCCCCCACCGCCACCUCGCUGCACGGCGCCGCCUCCCUCGCCUUUUCCCUCCCCGCCCCCGCCGCCCUCCACGCGCCGUUUGCCUCUCCCCACCUCGCCUCCUCCCCGCUCGGCUCGCGGAUGUCCAUUGGCGGGCGGUGGGGCGGCAUGGGCAUGGGGGCGGGGGGCGGGGGCGUGGCGGCGCUGAUGAGUCGUGCGAGUGCGUACAGCAGUGCGCACUCCGACAACGACGACAUCGAAGAGCUCGAGCAGCUGCUGGAGUCCUACUUCGUGCAGAUAGACAGCAUCCUCAACAACCUCUUCACUCUGAGGGAGUACAUCGACGACACCGAGGACUACAUCAACAUCCAGAUUGACAAUCACCGCAAUCAGCUCAUCCAGCUGGAGCUGGUGCUGAAUGCGGGCAUCAUGGGCACGUCCAUCUCCGCCACCGUCGUCGGCAUAUUCGGAAUGAACAUCCCCUACGCGUGGAACACAGAUCCAUCUGCCUUUGUUUGG